AUGCUCACUGCAGUUGCCGAGACAAAAAGAAGGCGUAGGUUAAGAAAACAAUAUCUUGAUAGUAAGAGAUCAAAGUUUAAUCCCAGUUUUAUUCCAUCGAAAUUGGAUUCAUCAUCUUCAUCAGGAACACGGAUUAAUUUAAAGAACAAAGAAAACAUAACACCUAAUUCUUCAAACAGAAUAUUGCCUACAGAUGGAAAUCGUUUAAAUACUUCCCUAAACGGCCAAACUUCCAGUUUAACACCUAAUACUAUUAAGAAGAACGGAAAAGAUGUGUUACACCCUUCUACAACACCCAAUCGUACACCGUUGUCAAAUAUAUCUAACAUACUACCAGGAACCAGUAGCAUUUGUUCAAGAAUGGUUAAUUCUACAUCUGGGUCGUAUUUAACUUUGAAUGGAAAGACCAAUGUAGUAUUGCAAAAUUCUUCUAAGUUUGUUCGAAGUUCGAACACCGCAAACAAAGAAAACGUAACACCAUCUUCGUGUAUUACAAAUAUACAUUCCGAAAAUCGUAAUCCGUCACAGUUUACUAAUGCUAUGUCUUCUUUGAACCGUAUUUCUCCCGACACUGUUGCAACGUCAUCUACUUUACCACUGACAGAAUGUUAUUCUAUUACUCCGCGGAUUGUGAGUAAACGAACUGCUACAGCUAUGAAGGCGGAUUUGUCUUCUGUUAAAAGGAUGUCUUCUGGAAGGCGUAAGUUGACGCAUACACCAAUCGAAAUAGAACCCAUACGAAUGGCUGAUCUUGAUUCUGAUGAUGAAAAUGUUGUUCAACAAGAUAUUAAAGACCUCCGGAAAGGCACCUCUAAAGAUUACCUUGACCAUGGAGACCAAUCUGUUUGUUGUGGGUUAUGCUAUGCAAGGUUGUGGCAAACUGAAGCUGGAAAGGGUCGUAUUACACUUCAACAGCGGACAUAUUCCUUAUGUUGUGCUUAUGGCAAAGUUGACUUACCUGAUUAUAAAGAAUCUGACCCAUAUUACCAGAUGCUUUUUCGAUCUUUAGAUUCAGAUAGCAAGUUUUUCUUAAAGAAUAUUCGACGUUACAAUUCAAUGUUUUCCUUUACUUCUAUGGGAGGAAAAGUGGAUACUAAGAUAAACAAAGGUAAUGCUCCUUUUGUUUAUAGAAUUAGCGGUCAGAAUGCGCAUAGUAUGGGUAGCCUUCUUCCUAAACCCGGUGACCAACCAAAGUUUUCUCAACUUUAUAUUUACGAUACCGAAAAUGAGCUGUCCAAUAGGAAGACCUUAUUUGGUGACUCAACGACUCAGACAUCUUCCAGAUCAAAAGAGCUUGACGAUAAAUUGAUAAAGUAUCUAACUGACAUGUUAGAUUCAAAAAAUAUGUUGGUAAAAACAUAUCGCAUGGUUAGAAACCAUCUUCAUGAGAAACCCAAUGUUUCUCUUAGGCUUCGGUUGAUUUAUCAAAGAGAUAAAGAUGGCAGGACUUACAAUUUACCUACAUCAUCCGAAAUUGCUGCUUUAAUUGUUGGCGAUGAAAAUCAAAGUGUGGAACAACGUGAUAUUAUUUUCGAAGAGCAGUCAGGAGUUCUUAAACGUAUUAGCGAGUUACAUCCUUCAUACCUUGCUUUACAAUAUCCAAUUCUUUUUCCUUAUGGUGAUGAUGGAUAUAGGAUUAACAUUCCUCAUAGAGAUUUUGGUCCGAACACAAAGAAGACACGUCCAAAUUGCACAAUGAGAGAGUUCUUUGCUUAUAGGAUGCAGGAUAGGGACAACAAAUUCUCUCUAAUCCUUAAUGCGAGGAGGUUGUAUCAGCAGUUUAUAGUCGAUGCAUACACAAUGAUUGAAAGCGAGCGGCUAAACUACAUAAGAUUUCAGCAAACCAAAUUACGAUGCGAAUCCUUUAACAGCCUAAGAAUUGUUCAGCAAGGUGGCCAGACUGAUCUGUCUCAUACUGGAAAACCUGUGAUAUUACUGUCUUCCUUUACUGGUGGAGCUCGAUAUAUGAUGCAAAAUUACCUUGAUGCUAUGGCUUUAUGUAGGAAGUAUGGGUAUCCUGAUUUUUUCAUAACUAUCACCUGUAAUCCGAAAUGGCCAGAGAUGGUAAGGUUUAUUGGUGACACAUCAGUUAAGGCUGAAGACAGACCCGACAUUCUUUGUAGAUUGUUUAAGAUGAAGCUUGAUUCAUUGAUAAAAGACCUUAAGGGAAAAAAAUUUCUUGGCGAUAUUAAUGCUGUUGUUUACACCGUAGAAUUUCAAAAGCGUGGUCUGCCACAUGCUCAUCUAUGUGUUUUUAUGAAAGCUGAUCAUAAGGUUCCAACUGUUGAACAUAUUGAUCCUUUUAUCUCAGCUGAGAUUCCUGAUAAAACUGAAGACCCUGAAUUAUAUUCUUUGGUCUGUGAUUUCAUGAUUCAUGGUCCAUGUGGACAUGCUAACUUGAAAUGUCCAUGCAUGGUAGGAAACCGUUGUUCUAAGAAUUUUCCAAAGAAGUUUUUGGAGGCUACAUCUGUUGAUUCAGAUGGAUUUCCGCUUUAUAGGCGAAGGGACGAUGGUCACACGGUUGUUAAGAAGGGUGUGACAUUGGACAACAGGAGCGUCGUUCCAUACAACAAAAGGCUUCUUAGAAGAUAUCAGGCGCACAUCAAUGUGGAGUGGUGCAAUCAGGCAGGUUCAAUUAAGUAUUUAUUUAAAUACAUUAAUAAAGGACCAGAUAGGGCCACUGUUGUUGUUAUAGAUUCAGACAUAGGGAUUGAUGAGGAGAUACCGAAAGAUGAAAUAAAAGAAUAUUACGAGGCAAGAUAUGUUUCUGCAUGUGAAGCAAGUUGGAGAAUAUUUGCAUGUGAAGUUCACUAUCAGUAUCCAUCUGUUAUGAGGUUACCAUUUCAUCUUCCAGGCCAGCAGAAUGUAGUUUUCAGUGGUGAAGAUGAUAUUGAAAAUGUUCUAAACAAACCUCAGCCGCGAAAAAAUUAUGUUGUUGUUGGAAGACUUUAUUCAGUUUCUCCUUCCCUUGGUGAAGCUUAUUACCUUAGAAUUCUUCUAACCAAAGUCAAGGGUCCACGAUCUUUUGAAGAAAUUAGAACCUAUGAUGGUGUUGUUUAUCCUACUUUUAGGGAUGCAUGUUAUGCUCGUGGACUAUUAGACGAUGACAACGAAUACAUUGAGUGUAUUAAAGAGGCCAGUUUUACAGGAAAUGGUCAUUAUCUUCGUUCAUUGUUCGGUACACUCCUUUUGUCUAAUACUCUAUCAAGACCAGAAAUUGUUUGGGAAAAUACGUGGGAGUUUUUGUCGGAGGACAUUUUACACAAUAUGCGGAAGGAUUCUGGUUUAAGUGGUUUUGCUGUCUCUGACGAGCGUUUAAAGAAUAUUACGUUGUCUAAGAUUCAAAACUAUCUUAUCCGUAAUGGAUCCAGCUUGCAUAGAUUCUCACCGAUGCCUGUUCCAGAUGAAGAUUCUACAUUAUAUGAGGGUAAUCGUCUAAUAAAUGAGGAGCUUUCUUGGGAUAAGGACGAAGUUAGCGCUGAAUUUAAUAAGCUUCAUAAUUCUUUAAAUGAUGACCAAAGAGCAGUGUAUAACGAGAUUAUGAGUGCUGUUGGACGUGGGAAAGGUGGUGUUUUUUUUUUUGUGUACGGAUACGGUGGUACUGGUAAGACAUUUCUUUGGAAAACUUUAGCUGCUUCCAUAAGAUGCAAUGGGCAUAUUGUUGUUAAUGUUGCUUCAAGCGGGAUUGCAUCGCUGUUGUUGUCACGAGGCCGUACCGCCCAUUCAAAAUUUCAUAUUCCGAUUAAUCUUACUGAAGAUUCCGUUUGUCAUAUCAAACCUAAUUCUGAAAUCGCUAAUCUUAUAGACGAAGCGAAGUUGAUUAUUUGGGACGAAGCACCGAUGGUACACAAACAUGCUUUUGAAGCUCUUGAUCGUACAUUGAAAGAUGUUUUGAGUGUCUCCGAUUCACGUAAUUCUGAACUUCCCUUUGGUGGAAAGACUAUUGUUUUCGGUGGUGACUUUAGGCAAAUCUUACCGGUUGUACAAAACGGCACAAGGCAGGACAUUGUACACGCCUCUUUAUGUUCAUCUUACAUUUGGUCCACUUGCAAGGUUUUAAAAUUGACCCGUAACAUGCGUUUAUCUGUUGGAAGCAGUAGUUCAAACAUUGAUGAGAUAAACGAUUUUGCCAAAUGGCUUCUUGAAAUUGGUGAAGGCAAUAUUGGUGAUGGUAACGACGGCGAGUCCACUAUAGAAAUACCAAAGGAUCUUUUAAUCACCGAUUCAACUGAUCCAAUUCAAAGCUUGAUUGACUUUGUGUAUCCAUCAGUUCUUAACCGUUUUAAAGAUCGUGACUACUUUUCUGAAAGAGCCAUACUUGCUCCUAAAAAUGAGGUUGUACAUGGUAUCAAUGAUCGUUUGCUUGCAUUAUUUCCCGGUGAAGAAGUAGAGUAUCUUAGCUCAGAUACUCUAUGCCCAACUGAGGAAAUUAAUGAUCCAUUACACCAAGAUCUGUAUAAUCCUGAUGUGUUAAAUAGUUUGAUAGUUUCUGGCUUACCCAAUCAUAGAUUGGUGUUAAAGUUGGGUGUCCCAGUCAUGCUUUUGAGGAACAUAGAUCAGCAGAAUGGGUUAUGCAAUGGUACACGUCUUCAGAUCACGCGUCUUGGAAAACGUGUUAUCGAGGCUGAGAUACUAUCCGGAGGUAAUGUUGGUUCAAGAACUUACAUUCCCAGAAUUAGCAUGAUACCUUCAGACAAGAAAAUACCUUUCAAAUUUCAACGAAGGCAGUUUCCCAUAACCGUCUGUUUUGCCAUGACUAUUAACAAAAGUCAAGGGCAGUCUCUUUCCAGAGUUGGCCUGUACCUAAGAGACCCCGUUUUCUCACAUGGUCAGCUUUAUGUUGCGUUGUCGAGAGUAAAGACAAGAGAUGGCGUCAAGCUUUUGAUAUCUGACAAAGAUGGAAGUCCAACGAAUAAAACAAAAAAUGUUGUUUACAAAGAAAUAUUUGGAAAGUUAUAG